AUGGCCCAUGGGGGGCAGAAGGUCCUUGAGAAUUCCAUGACGAAGGUCACAACUGUGCAGCAGUUGCUGGAGAAGGUUGUCACAAUGAGCAGCAGUGACAGCAGUCCAGGUUCUCUUGCGCGUGCCUUGAAGUGGGGGAAGAUGUCAGCUCUUUUUCGAAAAUCACAGCUGGAGGAAAUGCAGCAGCUUGUAUCCAUCACAGGAAAGCUGACCGGCAAUUCCACUAACUAUGCUGCCCAUCGCUGGGACUCAAUGCUGACAGCCUGCAGAAUUAUUUGCAUGAACAUCAGCCCAAUCUUGCGAAUGCUUUGUGCUGUGGCCGCAGGUGAAAAGGAGUCUGGGUCCGAUUGGGCCUUGGAUAUGUUGAAG